AUGGAUCGGGAAGACGUGAAGGAAGAAAUUGCUUCAUUUUUACCGGGCCUCUCUCUUGAAACCCUGACUUCCCUGCUGGGAGUGUUGGAAGAGAUUGGCGUGGAGAGCAGAGCAGACCUUGCCUUUGUAGAAGCGAAGGAUCUGGAGAAGUACCUCAGUAAAAUCCAGUGUCGCAGACUGCUGAACGGCAUUAAGAAUAAAGAUCCUGUUGCUGUCGAAUCUCCACCCCUCACAAGUACUCCCUCGUCAAGUUCCGAAAGAACUUCCGAAAGAAACUCUUCCUUUUCAUCACCCACCUUGCCUGGCAGGCCAUGGUAUACUGACUUCCGGGUCCGAUGGGUAGAGAUGCCAGCAGCUAUUGGCAAAGCGACGGCAGAUGCAAAAAGACCAUCACCAGGGGACAGAAGAGACAUGAUAAAGACAGUGGUGGACCAAAUGUUAGCGCAUGAGCAAAACCCAACAAGAGCAACAUGCCACACGAUCGCCCGGAUGAUUGUGAGAGACUGGCCAAAAAGCUUUGCCGAUGUCGGACAAAAGGGAGAUAUGCUGGGAGACGGCUGCUACUCCCUUUUGCAACAAAUAAAAACAAGAGUGGAAUACAAAAAUAGGAAGCAAACUCUUCAAACUCGGCGACGCAGGCAGCGCAGGCCCUCCAAUGUGGCGGCAGAGGGGGCAAUCGCAAUGGCCAGAGGCCCAGUAGACCAGUACGGUUGUGUACGGUGGUGUCCGGAAGAACUUCCUGCUGGAGAGACGGAGGCAACUUUGGAAGAAACAAAACAACAACUACUGAACAUCUACGCAGAGGGAGGGAUGGGAGGGGCAGAAACGGCUGAACAUCUGAUGGAGAAGACCUACAUCACCCAGCGCCAGUUCAUAAACGGGGUGCCUGCACCAGCCAUUCAUGAGAUAAAGGAGGAUUGGCCAUUCCUAUUCUCGCAGAGAGGCCUUUUCUCCCACUUCAGUCUGCUGACGGAUGUCUCAAUACAAACCAAGUAUGAAGAGGCUAUGAACAGCAAGGGCAGUACCAUCAUUCGCUUUUGCCAGCAGCUCAACCGUCCAGGGAUCGGGGACGUCCUCGCUAAAUACGAGCCAGAGGCGUCAGACAAGGCUGCAUGUGUCCUUCUGCUACUGAUGGCAUAUUUCAAAGAACCGAAGAAUGCCAUCAUGCUUGAGGCUGAUCCGUGUGCAACUGCCGCUGAUGUUGAGAGCACAGUGCCAUUGCCGAGCAACCCCUGCUUGAUUGUCCAAGGUGACAUGAUGAAGCCAACCGCAUGGAUGCUCAGCAUUGAACAGAAGGUUGUGAUGGGACCACACCACUCCUUCAGCAACGGAAUAGCUGCAAUGUUUGCAAGCUAUUAUUGCUUCAACCUGCAGUAUCCUGAGGAGGGCUCCUCCACUUUGGAGUUUAUCCAAAGGUGCUUCUUGAGCAUCAAUCCAGAGAGGGGCUCCAAAGCCAAGAAAAAGCGUGGGUUGAUGAACCCACAUGUGAGCACACUCUUGAGGAAGAUAUUGGACUUUGAAUGGAUUUCAAUGUAGGGUGAAAUGUGCCGUG